UUCACUCUUCCUGUCUACGGUCAUGAACCGCAAAGCUUUGUCUGCUCUACCUCUUUGUCUCUGUCAAGCAGAGAAUAAAACGUUUAGAACAUCCGAGGACGGCCUGCGCAUGUCUAAACCAUCUACCAUUUAAUAAUGCCAGGGAGUUGAGAACAAGACUGAAGCUCGGAGGCAAACAUUAUCUCGGUCAGCAGAGGGGCGCCGAGCGCCCCCGCCCCCUCAUCUGGUGCUCUUGCUGCGGUCUCCUUCAUCUCGAACAGGAACAGAAGUCGGACUCUUCGAGUUACGCUUCUCUCUAUCCGUGUCGGACCGUCUCUCAGCUCCUGCUGGGGGAGAAGCGCGUUACGGAGCCCUGAAAGGGACCCCGGGCAAACAUGAAGGACCAGAACUGUGCCGAUGAUAUAAAGAAGAUCCUGCAGGAGGCUCCAGCCGCACGACAGUCUCUCCUUGACAAUUAUAAUAACCUGCACAAGGUCGCGGAAUACUGCGAGCGCAGCUAUCUGGAGGGCAAUGACUAUAAGAAGGCCUUGGAGGAGACCAAAGCGUACACCACUCAGUCGCUGGCCAGCGUGGCCUACCAGAUCAGCACACUGGCCAGCAAUGUCCUCAAGCUUCUGGAUGCCCAGACCACCCAGCUGGGCAAGAUGGAAUCCUCAAUCAACCUGCUGUCCCAGACGGUAGAUAUGCACCGUGAGAAGGUGGCUCGGAGAGAAAUUGGUGUGUUCACCACCGUGAAGAAGGUGCCGCGUAGCCAGAAGAUUAUCUCCCCCGCCCCCCAGGAUGCCCAGCCAAAGUACUCACGCACACCCAUCACCUACUCUGCCCUGGAUUCAGUGGGACAUGGCAUGAAGGACUCUGGGAAGCAGCUGGGAAAGACGGGCACCAUGAUCCGCAAGCAGAGCAGCCGGGAUGCUGGGGGCACCCUGGGCCGAAACAGCCGUGCCCCUGAGCCCGUGCAGUGCCCCGUCGCCCCAGCGAUGUCCAGGGGACCAUCCCUCUCCUCCCUCAAUGAGCGCUCCGUUGGGUCCAGCUUUGGAAUUGCAGUGCCCCCACCCGUGAUUCCUAACGUCGCCGCUUCUCCCAUGGAGGACAAUUCACUCCCUCCCCCUUUCCUGGCUGAGCCCAGCGUGCCUUAUCCGCCACCUCCUCCAUCCUCAAGCAACUCCCUAGAUGUGCCUCCCCCACCACCGCCGCCACCCCCCGGACCCUCUAUCCCGCCUCCCCCGCCUGCUCCCCCACUAGAGACCGUGGCUGAAGAAAACUCCUUCCCUAUGAUACCAGACCAGCCUUUGCCCCCCCCCGCUGUUGAUGGCUUCGAUUUUCCGGGCCCAUGUCCUGUAGCGAAUGAUUUCAGCUCAGACCUGGAGUUCCAGAUUCCACCCCCUCCCCUUGAUACCACAGAGGAAUUUGGUGAUAUACCACCCCUUCCUCCUCCUAUUGAUUAUGACCAGUCUGCACCCGCCAAUUACCUGGAGAAAGUGGUGGCUUUGUACAGCUACAGCUCAGACAAGCUUGGCGACUUGACCUUCCAAGAAGGUGACAUCAUCUACCUAACGAAGAGGAAUGAGGACGGCUGGUGUGAGGGAGUCCUGAACGGCGUGGAGGGCUUCUUCCCCGGCAACUAUGUGGAGCCCACCAGCUAACAAGCUCUUCCUACCAGUGUUUGUACUGCAGUGGGUCUACUGGGAGAACAAGCUAUUGAACACUGGCUCCAUGGGCAAUAAUUACUGUCCAUUUUGAUUCAUGUUCCAAGCGUGCUUUCACACUGUUGCUUGAAUACAAGUCAAGGCAAAAGCUGAUGGGUGGCCCCAAGCAUAGCUGCUGUAGGAAUUCUGCAGUCAGAAUGUUUCUGGGAUUAUUGAGAGGGUCGUAAAUCUGUUCAGUUUGUUAGCAUAAAUAGCAUCUGCAAUGGAAUUGACCUACAGCACAUGAAGUCUGCACUCACAGAUUUCUUGCUCAGUUUCCAAAGUCUUGUUAUCCUCAUAAAUCCUCUCCAGGAUGUCAUCGUCCAUUGCUGUGGGCUGAACUGUCAUCAGACUGAAGAUCAAUAUCCUACAUAAAGAUUAGUAACUUAGUCCGGGGUUUGGGUAAAAAAAAAAAAAGUAUUUUUUUAUCUUUUUGUUAUCAUUUAAAUUAUGUGUUCUCAGGUAGUGCAAAAUACAAGUGAAAACGAGGCAACAUAUUGAACAGGUACCUUUAAUCUAACAUACCUGUAUAUACAAUGUUUAAUGAAUUAGGUCUAAAAUGUUCUUCCUGUGUACAUGCAUUUCAUUUUAAAAUUUGCUAAAUUUUCUAUUUUAAUAUAAUUGUGCCAAAUAUACUGUAAGCAUCUAAAAAGUCUAAAAUAAAGUAAUAUAUAAAUUUACAGAACAUUAUGUAGAACAUUGUGCAAUUAUUUAAAAUGUAGUUUUCAUGUUUUCACAAAUAUAGCAUUUUACUAAUGUGAUCAUUAAAUGGAAAAGGGAAGUACUGAACAUCUGUUACAAAUAUUUUUUUGACAAAUUAAAUAUAACAAUAUUU